CUUCGAGUUUAGACAACUCAGGGGAUAUCGCUAUUAUUACUGGAGUAAGAGACCAAUAUGGUAACGGUUUGUUCCUUUGGGGUACAUGCCAUAAUACUGAUUUUAGGUAUUGUCGUCUUCAAAAAUGUAAAAAAAUUCAAGGAAACUAACAUCUCGUCCAAAAACAUUUCCACUGUUGUAGCUGCAAUUGGAAUACUAACGAUCACAGCAUCUUUACCAGUACUACUCGCAUUACUAAUUAUUGGCGCAAUAUGUCGUGUUGCAGUGUACUUCAUCUUGAAAAUUAAACAUGGCCGCCAAUACAUUGGAUUGGUUAGUGGUGCAGAUGCGGUGCAUACAAUCGACUCACCUACGAACAGCAAAACGUGCGUAUUGGGGAUAUUUGAACACGACUACUCCAAAUCUGCAAGAAGCGUUGUUGAUGCAGUUAGGGAUCAUUUUGAUUGCACUUUGAGACAUAUGGAAAAAUUUCAAGCCACUUAUCACAAUUUCAUGGGUUACACCUACAUGGUACGCACCACUGUGGAUGCGGGUGAGUGUAUUCGGGAAAUAGAACCACAGGAGGAGAUUGAUGACGAGGAUUUGGUAAAACUGCUCAGCGAUACGUACAACUCCGACUUUCCCAGAGGGAACACGAUAUUCUGGGACAUUUGGAUCAGUGCGCGUCCUAUCAGAUUGAGAGAAAUCAGUGGCACGCAAAAAAACUACCAUCUCUCAAUGUUCAGAAUUCAUCACUGCGUCGCCGAUGGUGUUGCUGUAUUCAAGCUCGUAGUUGGUGUUCUUUCCCGUCCAGUUGAAGGUAUCAGUAAACUUGGUUACCCAAAGAAACCGCCGGAAAACAAUUUCAUGAGCGUGGCUAAGAAGUGUGUCGAAAGCUUAAAAGUGGCGCUGUUUGCUCCAUCUUCAAUACUCGUCAAUUUACUCGUACGAGGUACCGAUCAGAACUUUUUGCAUGAUGGGCGUUUAAAUGGAGAGUCACACUUAAUUUUUCGUGUAGAACAAGAUGAUGUGUACUUUCAGAAGGUGAAGGCAAUCAAGCGUAGACUGCCUGGGGCGAGUUUUCCUGACAUUAUUUUGACUGCGUUAUCUGCAAGUCUUUCCGACUUCUACUAUGAGAAAUCUUCAAAUCCACCUAAACACAUCACGGUUGCGAUACCAGUAGUUCCCGGAGCCGCUCAGCUGCAACACUUAAAACCCGGAAGCUUAACCGCCUCCAAAAUAAAGUUUUCCAACAACUACGCGCUCGUUUUGCUCAACAUGCCGUUGUGCGUAAAAACCUCCAUCGUUUCCAGAUUGAACUUAAUUAAGGAGGAGGUUAAGGCUAUAAACAACUCCGUCGAUUACCAGGUUAACUAUGUUUUCAUGCGUGCACUUUCUAUGCUACCACGGGCUCUAAUACGACUCGUCCUGGGAACGCUUAAUUGCACGGCUGCCGUAAGCAUCAUGCCAGGUUCGUGCAAGGUGACUUGCGGACGCGAUGCGCCGAUCUACACCGAUAUCGGCUUUUGGAUACCACAUCUGAAAAAUAUGGGUGUAGGUUUUUCGGUCUUCACAUACGAUGACAGGCUUUUCAUGGGACUCAGCGUCGAUAAAAGUUUACCGAUUAGCGUCGAUGAAGGAAAAGUUAUAAUAAAUAACGCUUUCUCAUAUAUCGAUCUGCUUGAAAAAGAGAUUGGAAUUCAGUAACUGUCUCUAAAUGCUAAUAUUGUAACACCAGUUUUCAUAU